CAGGGGUUGAAAACGUUUAGGUGUAAGCCAUAGUCCAAGAACAUGUGCCAGAGAGUAUAGCAUUACAUCUUUAAUUUAUAUUGUUCGAUGAAUGAGAAUACAUUUUCUUAGAAUUCUCAGUGAAUUCAUGCUGAAUGUAAAACUGUCUAAAAGGAAACGUAUUUACAUAUUCAUCUAAGAAUUUCUGACGCUUUUAGAGUAGUGAACUGCUGCUAUCCAUUGUGGUUUUCAGUUUUGUGUUGCAGAACUAGAGGAAGUACUGCUUAAGAGGAACAGGAUCCAUUUUAAAUGUCCAAUUUACAAUGAUACUUCUAUUUCUUUCCGUCCUAUCGGUCUUUCCAGGGAUGAUGGGAGAUACCAUCGGUUACCGGGGAAAGUCUGUCACGUUGUCCUCUGGAGCCAAACCACCCGGGAACAUCUCCAAGAUAGUGUGGUCCAUAUUCAUCAACAAUACCUGGAUCGCAACAUAUGAGGAUGGAGAGCUCAACACUGAAUGGUUCUGGCAGUUUAAGGGUCGACUGCAGCUUAACAACUUGUCUGGAGACUUAGAGAUACAAGACUUGAACAAAACGGAUGAAAUGGAGUACACUGUUCUUAUCAAAUACACUAUGGAGCAGUACAUCAAUAAGGUCAAGCUUAUUGUGACUGAGGUUCUCCCUAGGCCCAGAAUACGUAAGGUGUUCAGUGUGUUGAAGAAUGGUCUCUGCGUGAUGAAUCUUCAGUGCUCCUCUUCAGUAAAGGACAUAAACCUCUCAUUGGAACCAGAGUCUUCGUUUAACGGUUCCUUCUGGUCAAGGACUUCCAACACCAGAACCUCUGAACUGUGGACUUCUUACAGACCCAACAGAAAUGUCACCUUUACCUGCACUGCUAGUAGCGUGUACUCUUACUCCUCCAGCAGUGAGCAGGAGAGAUGCCAAGAGGAAGUGCCCAAGACUGUUGUGUCAAAAACGACCCGUGCACCCUUCAUUGGUUGUGCGAUGGUGUUCUUAGGAAUAGUUUUUGGAGUUGUGUUAACAACACUCAGAUUUCCCAUCAAGUGGUCCAUUUUAAACUGUUGUAUUAAGUAGGUGUCCUGAAAUAGUGCGGCUGUCCCUGACUAAAAUUUGGCUUGGUUGACUAUGAUAAUAAUAAAAAAUAUAGCUGCAAGCUAUUUAAAAAUGCCCAAUGCCGCUAGUAGACAGGAUG